AUGGGCUCGGAAACUGGAGGCUCAGACCCACGCAGCCCCUCCACGCGACACCCCGCGGGCCAGCCGCCCUGCCAUCAGAAUCCCUGUAAAGCAAAGGGCUCAGGUGUAGCGGAGAAACCACUGGAAGGGAAAGAGGAGACAUUCUCUUCCCCAUUAAGAGAGAGCCGCACCCAGAGGCAAGGGUCAGAGCCGCAGACUGAUGAGGAGCAUGCCCAGGAAGCUGAGCUCGAAAGAGUCGGCGGCAUCUCUGGACCGGGGGCCUCUCUCGCAGACGAGCCCAGUGUCACUCCGGGAAGGAGGACACGGAGGACGCCCGACGGGGAUCGCGGCGGCGAGAGCGAGGAGACCGCAGGUGCCCGCCCCAGGAGACAAGGGGCGCGGGGCGCGGAGCGCAGUGGGCGCCGCAGAUACAGGUCCCCGGGAGACCGGCCGCCUCCCCUGCGCAAGAGGCUGGUGACCGCCCUGCGCGCCCUGUCUGAGGCCAUCCAUCAGGACGUCGCCCAGGCGUGCGAGCAGCGGGAGCACUCCCCGCUGACCUGGGAGCAGCGCUCGGGGCUCGAGGAACUCUGGGGGCCCCUGUGCGCGGCCUUGCAGACCGUCUACACCGUGGCCCACCAGGCGGCCUACGUCUUCCCUGCAGAGAGCUGGCUCGUGCCGGGCCCGCAGCCGAGCCCCGGAGGACUCCCGCGGGGGGCGGAGGACAAGCCCGGGGCGGCAGGGCGUGUUUGA